AUGGCGACCGCAACUUCGUACGCAUAUCGUAUCCAUCUUCAUGAACGAGGUCCGACCUCAGCGGAUGGGAUCAUAAAAAACCUCAAACUAGAAGAGAUUCCCAAACCGCAGCCACGAAAAGGCCAAAUUUUGGUGCGGAUGAAAGCUGCCGCACUGAAUUAUGAUGAGCGAUACAAAACACGCACCGUUUCCCCGCGAGUUCCCUUGUGCGACGGCUCAGGCAUAGUAGAGAGCGUGAACGCCGAGCCAGGCUCAUCAAGAUGGAGAGUUGGUGAUCGCGUGAUCGUCGCCGCGAGCACCUCCUGGAAAUCCGCAGGGCCAGGCACAGAUGGUGAAAUGGACAACACCACGGUUCUCGGUGCCUCGGAUAUCGAUGGCGUCCUACAGCAGUACGUCGUAGUCGACGAGGAUGGUAUCGUAUCGGCCCCGGACAACCUCAGCUUCGAGGAGGCAGCUUCCCUGGGUGGGGCUUACGCUAGUGCCUGGAAUGCCUUGUUUGGCUGGUAUGUGCCGUUGAAGGCGGGAGAUGUUGUUGUCACUCAGGGCACUGGUGGUGUGAGCACUGCGGUCUUGCAAUUUGCUGCAGCCGCAGGGGCGCAGGUUAUUGCGCUGUCUUCCUCUCAGGAGAAGCUCGAGGCUGCAAAGCAACUUGGUGCCACCCACGGCCUCGACUCCAACGACCCGGAGUGGGAUGUGAAAGUUCGUGAACUUACCGAUGGGCACGGCGCAGACCACGUCGUGGAUGUCGUCGGCGCGUCGACUAUCGUCCGAUCUCUCCACGCAACGAGGCAAGGCGGACUCGUGACACUUAUUGGGUUCUUGUCCGCCUCGGAGAAACAUGAUUUGAUCCAAGACAUUAUUUUGGGUGCUAAGACUGUACGAGGCAUUGUCUACGCAAGUCUGCCUAUGCUAGAGAACAUGAAUGCCUUUAUCCAGAAGCAUGACCUCAAGCCGGUGUUGGGACACGUUUUUGAAUGGUCACAGGCUCCUGAGGCCUACUUAGCCCUCUUGAAUCUCAACACGGCGGGAAAGGUCGUCAUCAAAGUCGCAUGA